AUGGGGGAGGGAAAGAAGAGGGCGCUGAUGGUAGGCUGCAACUACCCCGGCACGAAGGCGGAGCUGAGGGGAUGCAUCAACGACGUGAUGAGGAUGCGCCGCUGCCUGGUGGAGCGAUUCGGCUUCUCUGAGGAGGACAUCACCAUCCUCAUCGACACCGACGAUACCUUCCCCAUGCCGACUGGCGCUAACAUCCGCCGCGCCAUGGCGGAUCUGGUCUCCUCCGCGGAGCCCGGGGACUGCCUCUUCUUCCAUUACAGCGGCCAUGGAACUCGCCUGCCGGCGGAGACCGGCGAGGACGACGACACCGGCUACGACGAGUGCAUCGUCCCCUGUGACAUGAAUCUCAUCACAGGUAGAACAUCGUCCCCCCUUCCUCUUUAUUUCCUCUGAUCGACCAUUCCGAUCCGGUGUUUUCGAUCUGCGGGAAGAACGCAUUCAAUUGGGAACGGACGGAUCCCACUUUCGGAAACGAGCGCUGGUGAAUCUGGAAUCCGGAUGAUCAAAAGUUGGAGAUCAGCCCUCCAAUUCGUCCAAGUCCUACAAGAAUCGGACGAAAUCCUCCACCCUCCCUAGAUCAUCGCAUACUUCUGUAGAUCUCCUUCACAAUUCUCUCGCAAUUGUUUGUAGUUCUUGAGGAUCAGAUGCUUCUUCCUAAAAAAUUGGCGUCCUUGAGAUUUUUUCCAAAUCAGGAAUUCUAAGCUCUAGUCCUUCUGCGAUCCUGCUAAAUCUUGGGCGGGUUUUCAUCAAUCUGGGCAUCCUGCCGCGUCAUCACGGAAUUUGUUUAUCGAUCGGAAAUAACACAAUUAUCCAAAAACUCUCCAUUUUCUGUUCUUCGGAGUGUUCAUCGAUUCAAAAACCGGCCAUUUCUUCUUCCAUUAUAAGACCGAGUGAUGAUGAUUCUGUGAUCAUGCAGACGAAGAUUUCAGGGAGUUCGUCGACAAGGUGCCGAGGGACUGCCGGAUAACGAUCGUCUCCGACUCGUGCCACAGCGGAGGGCUCAUCGAAGAGAGCAAGGAGCAGAUCGGCGAGAGCACCGCCGCCGGCGAGGAGAGCUCCGGCUUCGGAGGGUUUGGGUUCAGCAACAUCCUGAAGCAGACCGUCCAAGGCGCCCUCGCUUCACGGGGGAUCAACUUUCCUCUCGCCGGCGGCGACGGCGGCGGCGAGGAGGUCGCCGGCGGCGUCAGGAACAAGUCCCUCCCUCUCUCCACCCUGAUCGACAUCCUGAAGCAGAAGACCGGCAAGGAAGAUCUCGACGUGGGGCAGCUCCGAACGGCGCUGUUCGACAUCUUCGGCGAGGACUCCAGCCCUAAGGUCCAGAAGUUCAUGAAGGUCCUCUUCAACAAGCUCACCACUGGCGGCGACGGCGACGCCGCCGGCGGCGGCGGAUUCAUGGGCAUGGUCGGGGGCCUGGCUCAGCAGUUUCUGAAGCAGAAGCUGGACGAGAAGGACGAGAGCUACCUGCAGCCGGCGGCGGCAGCGGAGGUUUCGAGCUCUCAGGAGGUCUACGCCGGAGCGGCGAAGCGGGGGCUCCCGGACAGCGGGAUUCUGAUCAGCGGCUGUCAGACGGACCAGACCUCCGCGGAUGCGAGCUCGCCGGAGGAUCCCAGCGACGCGUACGGAGCUCUGAGCAACGCCAUCCAGAAGAUCCUCGCAGAGACAGAGGGGCAGGUCUCAAACCGAGAGCUCGUCACCAAGGCCAGGGAGCUGAUGGUACAGCAGGGAUUCUCGCAGCGCCCCGGGCUGUACUGCAACGACGAGCAUGCCGACGCCCCCUUCGUCUGCUGA